UAUAUAUGUACUAGUUUGAAUACACCUGUUUACAUGCACCUGUUUGAAUACACCUGUUUACAUGCACCUGUUUAAAUACACUCGCCUACAUGCACUCGGUCUAUAUGCGCAUACAAACCAUGACCUGACCCGAGCAGCCGCAAGCCGAGUGUCGAGCUGAAAGCCCAACAAGUGCCCUGGCUAGCUAUCCACAAAUCCAGUCUCCGCAUAAGUAAACCGCUGGUUUCACGGCCCUCGAUCUCGUCUACCCACAUUACUGGGAGUCCUGACAAAUCCCUCAAUCUACAAUAGGCUCACACUAGAACUCGGUGCCAUCGCUUUAGGUCAAAUGACAGAGGAGGCCACCACACAUACCCGGCGUAAACAGCCCCUAAUGCGCACUGUGGGAAAACACGGCAACCGCUCCUCGACGCGGCUGUCGAAAAUGGGCCGUGGGAAUAAUGCGGCCGGAAUUACCCCGUUGACGAAACUGACCGCAGACAACCCAAUUGAAGGUGGCGCGCCAAGAUUCCUGGGCGAGCGAACAAGGGAGAGAUCAUCAGACUCUUUGCCCCGAGUCCAUUCCGCGGGCCGGUUAACUGGAAAGCACAACAACUCGACGGCAAAACUACAUCGUAAAGCAAAGCAUGCUGCUGAUACCGUAGCACCUCGCAAGGCCGUGAUCAAUUUGGAGCACGAAGACUCGGACAAUGAUAGUAGUACCACCUACGAGGACACAGAAAGUGAAGGUGAGGGCUCAGUUGCUCUUGAAGCACCCCCCGCAGAACCCAAAGACCAGCCACAAAACUCGAGCACUACCAGCCUCAAUUUGAACGAGACGCUGCCAAAAAGACCCGAUCUCAUGCGCCGCACCUCUUCGGGGCUCUCUGUUGGCAUUAAAAACGUCGCACCCACCCCCCCACAGAUCAGCACCGAGACGGUGGUUAGCGUUACAUCGGCCGUCGACAUGGCAAACGCUUUGAACUCGUUGUCGUCCAAAUCCCAGUUCGUUGAGGAGGGCGACUUUGUCUCGCGAGCAAUGACCCACAGCCACUCGGCAAUCGAUCUCAAGGGCAUUGUCGGCGCCAACCCGUUGAGAACUCAGCAAAAGCUGCUUGUCAGACAACAGCAGUCCCGCAGCACACACGGCUUGUCGAUGCCUGAGGCUGUAGAGGCACGAAGAGGCUACGAACGUGCCGUUAAAGAGUACAUCAAUGCUCGCCAACUCGCCAGCCCCGUGAAAGCAGCCUUGAUCCGCGCAGUUAAUCGCGGCACCACCCGCACUACGCCGGUCCCGCACAGCUUAGCAAAUCCGGGUAGUACUGGCGAAGCGAGCGACUCACAGCUCAAUAUUGCUUCUUUAUCGGCCACAACCGUCGAUGAAAUGGCCGGCCUCACCGUCGACGACCACAAAAACACCUUUUCCGGUCAAGCGCAACACAUGUCAAACUAUUUGCUGUCGAACCUCUGGAACGAAGGCUGGACUGACCCCGAAAAGGUCAACGUAGACGCCUCAAACACCGAGGACAUCCAGUCUCAAGCCCAAAAGGUGUACCAGCGGAUCUCCGCCCCACAAUGGUCUGGCCGUCGCAGCUCAACUGUAAAACUGGUUUGA